UUGUCUAAUUCAUAAUCGCCAACUACUUCCGGUGUAGCAACAUGGCUCAGAACUCGGAAAAAGAUGCCCCAGCUUUAUCUUCCAGAUUUGCAGAGUUAAACAAGUUUGCACAGAAUCAGGAAUUCGCAAAGGCAUUAAAAGUAGCCAACAGAAUUGUGCAUGAGUUUCCAAAGAAUGAAACUGGUUUUCAGUGCAAGGUUGUUUGCUUGAUCAAACUAGACAAAUUUGAAGAUGCCCUGACCCAGAUCAACAAAAAUAAAGACUUGAUAAGUUCUGUAGCUUUUGAGAAGGCCUAUUGUGAAUACCGGUUGAACAGGACCCAAGAGGCCCUCAGCACCCUGAGAAAGAUACCCCAACCUGACACCCGUGCCAAAGAGUUGCUGUCUCAAGUGCUGUAUCGUUUGGAAGAGUACCAAGAGUGCUAUGAUUUAUACAGGGAUGUCAUCAAAAAUUCAGAGGAUGAUUAUGAGGAGGAGAGACAGACAAACCUUUCGGCUGUCAUUGCUUCACUGCAGCUAUGGGAGAGGAAAAAUAUUGACAACCCUGGACUAGAGGAGAACUCGUAUGAGCUGUGUUAUAACAUGGCCUGUUACCUGAUUGGCCGAGAGGACUACAAAGGGGCGGAGCAGAAGCUUAAGAAGGCAGAAGCUUACUGCAAGGAAAGUUUUGAGGAUGAUCCUGAUGUGACGGAGGAAGAGAUCGAGGAGGAACUGGGAAUCAUCAGGGUUCAGUUGGCAUUUGUUCUGCAAAAGCUGGGUAAAAAUGAAGAAGCUCUUCAGAUAUACAACCAGGUUCUAAAAAACAGACCUGAUGAUGUAGGACUGCUGGCAGUAGCUUCCAACAACAUUGUCACACUGAAUAAGGACCAGAGUGUAUUCGACUCUAAGAAGAAGAUGAAGCUAGCUACAGGCGAUAACCUGAAACAGAAACUGACGUCCCGACAGAAGUGUUCCAUCAAUGUCAAUCAGUGCCUGCUUCACCUGUAUACAAACCAGGGCGAGCAGUGUCAUAAUCUAGCUGCCCAGCUGAAGAAGCAGUACCCAGACAUGGCUGCCCCUGUUCUGAUAGAGGCUGCCCAGUUUGUGAAGGAGAAGAAAGCUGAACAGGCCCAAAAACUUCUCAAUGAUUAUGCAGCCACCCACCCUGACAAGGCCCUGACCACCAAACUGGUGAUGGCCCAGCUGUACCUGACCCAGGGUCACGUGUACGAGGCCUGCGAGUCACUCAAGGCCCUGGGGGAUCUCCGGUACAAGCCAGGAGUGGUGUCUGCCUUGGUGGCACUCUAUCUGAAUCAAGAGGACAAGGAAGCGGCGUCAGAGGUUUUGGUCCAGACUGUCAGCUGGUACAACAAGAACCAGCCAAAGUCCCCAUCUCUACCCAUGCUGAUGAGAGCUAAUGCCGAUUUCCAGUUGAAGAAUGGAAGUCCUCAGCAAGCAGCCAAAAUGUUGGAAGAACUUAGGAAGAAAAAGCCGGAUGAUCCCAGAAUAUUGGCCCAGCUGAUCUCUGCUUACUCCCAAUUUGACCCAGAAAAAGCUAAACUAGCCAGUAAGGACCUGCCCUCGGUGGAGGAGAUUGCCCAGGACAUUGAUGUAGAUCAGCUGGAGACCUCCUUCAGUACCCUGGGGCCCAAGUACAUGAAGAAGAAGACGGACGCCGCUCCAUCCCCCGGACCGGCUGGUGAUAUGGUCGUGCAAAAGAAGAAGAAAAAGAAGAAGAAGGGCAAGAUGCCAAAGAACCUUGAUGCUGAGCUUGAUCCAGAAAGAUGGCUUCCUCGUAAAGAGAGGUCAUAUUACAGAGGAAAGAGGAGGGAUAAACGCAAGGACAUUGGUAAAGGUCCUCAAGGAGCUACUAGUGGGUUGACUGAUAGUUUAGAUGCCAGUAAGACUCCUGGCAGUGACCCUAAUUCCCCCCGCCCAGGCACCGCUUCCUCCCCUAGCCCUUCGGCCCCUUCCCCUGCCCCUGCCGCCCAGGGGCCCAGGCAACAGAAGCCCGCCCAGGCCCAGAAACGGAAAAAGAAGGGGGGCAAAGGAGGAAAAUGGUGAUAGAGAGAGAGACAAAA